GCUUCUGCUCUCCGUAGGUUACACUUCAAAUCAGCCGGUGGUAGUCGCAGCUGUCGCACCGUCCCGAAAGUCGUGAUCAUGGGCUCAAGCACUGCCUCCGAAACAACUAUCAACACCAGCACAGACAGUGCAAAUACUCAAGUAACUAUUAUAACGACAACGGACAGUGAACAGCAUGAUGACAGUAUGGAUUUAGCAGACGAUCCUCUAGAACUAUCACCACCAGCUGUCUCAAAUUUUACAUCUAAUUCAACAUCACCCCCAGCCAGAAAUGGAGCAAAUAAUGCGGAAGCCCACUAUAAGAACUCAACAAUAUCCACUACCCAGCACACCACUGUCCCGACAGUUCAGUCUCCCCCAACAAACAUGUUGUCCAAAAAUGAAAUUAGUCCGAUUAAUGGGGUCGGAGCACCCCCACCUACACCCUUACUUGGUGCACGCCAUGAAAAUAAAUUUUCAUUUAAUAUUGGACGGAUUCCUGCACUGCCUGAUCUCCGAACUGCCGAAUUUUUUAGUACUCCUGUGCGGGGAUCUGUAGAUGCAGGACAACCAGAUUCAAAUCAAUUGAAUUCCAUGCUUGCUUUGAUAGCAGCCAAAGAAAAUCAAUCAACAAUCGAAGAAGAAACGUCAAAUCAUAUAACUCCUGCAAAUAAUACGAUUAAAACUAUGGAGUCACUACAGCAGUCUGUUGAACGAGAUAAGUUCAAUGGUGGCAGCGUAGGAAAGAUGCAGAAAACAUCAAAACCUAGUAUAAACGUCACAACAAAUCCACUUGAUAUCUCACUCUGUACACCACAGCCACCUUGUGCACCCACACAACAGUCUACUGGCACUAAGGGACGAUGUAAACCACCAGAAUCUCAUCCCCUCGUUUCCGCCAUUCAUUCAUGGGUCAGGCUCUUUUUCCCGUUUUGCGCAAUAGGUGGUAGUGGCGGAGGGACCAAAAGAACAGCUCAAGCAACUAUUGUCGUACAACAGCCGUCACUAUCGUUAGACGCACCCGCUGCGACAAUACUCCUUCGACCUGACGUUGAAGCUUGUCGUCGGGAAGAAAAUAUGAGACAGUUGCUCGACGUAACUCACACACUAACUCUUCAAGAGAUUCACGACUUUGAAAUGAGGUAUGGAAGUCCUCAUCAUAGUAGAUCACAGUCAGUUAAAACGCCCGGAAGCAGAUCAUCAGGACGUCCAAAUUACUUGUGUCUUCCACAACAAAGAUCGAGGGUUGCUAGUAUGCCAAAUACUGGAGUAGAAGAAGAAUACUAUAGGCUAAGGCAUUUCAGUAUAACAGGAAAGGGCAUUGUAAAUCGUGGUGAUUCUCUUAAAAGCCGGAGAUCUCGCUCUAACAAUAGUGUAGCUUCCAGCAACUCUAGCACGGAACAUUUAACAGCCUCUUAUCCUGGUUCAGCGAGGAAUUCAGCUGCGGGCUCAUUAGCAAGCUCUAGAGAAAGUAGUGCAUCUCAAGGCUCUGUACCUUACAAAAUCUUAAUGCUUGGAGCACCAUCAGUUGGAAAAAGUUCUCUUGUAUCACAGUUUAUGACUUCUGAGUACCUGCACGCUUACGAUACUUCCAUUGAUGAUGAAUCAGGAGAAAAAACAGUCAGUGUUCUUUUGGCUGAUGAAGAAUCGGAAUUGACAUUUAUUGAUCAUCCAUCUGCUGAAAUGACGCCUGAAAACUGUAUAGCUACUUAUGAACCACAGGCUUAUUGUGUCGUUUAUUCAACAACAGAUGAAGAAUCACUCAAAGUAGCAGAGCAAGUUCUUCAGAUACUUUGGAGAAGUGACCUCGUAUCUGCCAGAGCAGUAAUUUUAGUUGGGAAUAAAGUUGACCUCGUUCGGAGCCGUUCAGUUGCUACUGAAAAAAAUUUUUUGACCUAGUGAUUUAUAAGUCUCCGAAUCUUAUUUAAUAAAAUGAAAAAGUAAUAACUCAAUUACCAUAUUCGAGUAAUAAUAAUAAUAAUAAUUACGCACCAUAAAUCGCACGAGGACGGAAUAACGAUAAUUAUAAAUUGUCUAUUUAAUAAACGUCUGAACACUGUAAUAAACAAGGUAAAAAAAUUUAUAUAUUGUGAAAUAUAUUUAUCUUAGAAUAUGACGUCGAUGUAGACUCUUAAAAUGAAUAUGAAAAUUUAGUGUCCUCCUGUUCGAGUGUUUUAUUGUCCACUCGUCUCCUAAAAAGUGUCUUCAAUGUAAUAUUGUAUUAACAUUUAUUUAUUUUGCAUCAAUAUUUUAAAAUAAUUGAUGUAAGUAUUGAAUAUCCAGUAAUUGAUUUUUUAAAAAUAUAAAUAAAUAAUAAUACUGAAUUUACAUCUCUUAGUUAGUGGAAUAAGUAAAUGGUAGAGAACACUGUAAAAAAUGGUGUUAAAACGAACGGUGUUAAAAUGAAUUCACGGUCAGACUUAGUGGUGUUAAAACGGUGUACAAAAGGAGUAAAUUAACUGCACUCGGCGUAUGAGUGUUUUAAAAUCUACAGAACAGAACUUUUGAUCAUUUAUCUAAUUAAUUUUUUAUUUUAACUCUGAUAUUUUUUAUGAGGUAAUAACUGAUUUAAAGAUGAUAAAUUAAUCAUUGACACUUUUUUUUUCCUGCUAAUUUAGUUUACAAAGAGACUUGGAAAGUAAGACACUUGGGUUCAAAAAAUAACUUAAAUUUGGCUUUUUUGACUUAAAUUUCGGUUAACCAAGCCAAAACCUAGUCAAAUUUGAUUUUUUUGACUUAAAUGGAUACCAAGUAGUUCAGGUUAGCCAAAAGCAAUUCGGAAAUUAAUCGGAAACACAUUUGAUUUUGGUUCCGUAACAAAUUGCCCUCGGACAAAAUAAUCUCGACUAAAUAACGACAAAAUAACUUAGAACAAAAUAACCUGAAAAAAAAAAAUAACUUUGUUAUUAAAUAACCUGAACGACAUUCCCUGAUUGAAAGAAACGAUUCAAAAUGAUUAGAAACGAUUCGAUUCUACUACUGUAUUCGCUCUGAGUGAAGCCAUGGUAGGGGAAAUCAAAUUGACUGAAACGUUUGCAGUGGUUACUUUCGGAGUUACGGGAGGCUAUGAUUACUGAAAUUGUAAGCAAGCACACGUGAAAGUAUUUAUUUUGUUAUUAUUUAAUUAUUUAUUUUUCAUUUUGAUUUUUUCCUUAGUAUCAUAUUUUGACUUUGAUAUGAAUUUCAAACAACUUAACCUAAAUGCUUACUGCAAUCUUUUUUAUUUUUUAUCAUUAUACUUACUUAUUGAUGGUCCGUUUAGCUAAAAAACAAAACUGCAAUUACUAUAAAACUGUCACAUAUUUUUUACAACUUUUUUUUUUACUAUUAUUUAUAAUAUUUAUUUAUUUUUAUGUUUCUUGCUAUUGACAUACGUAUAAAAACAUACUCUGACAGCCUCCCGUAGUUCAUAUUUUGUCUGGCGCUGCAGUCACACUCAUAGCGAAUAGAAAUACAUUCACCAUUGAAUAAAUCGUUUUCUUUAGUCAUGGUUAACCUUCAAAUACAAGGCAGAAUAUUCAUAAUUUUUUCAGGUUAUUUUAUAAUAAAGUUAUUUUUUUCAGGUUAUUUUGUCCCAGGAUAACUGGACGCUGCACCUUGAAUCAACUUUGACUUGCUUUUGGCAAACUUGACUUUCUUAGUAUCCAUUCAGGUCCAAAAAGUCAAAUCUUACUUAUUUUCGUUUUAGUUGACAAAUAUAAAUCGAAAAAGUCGAACCUAUGUUAUUUUUGAACAGGUUAUCUCUCAUAUUUUAUACAAUAACAUAAGCAUGUAAUAAUCGACAAACAUUUUUUGAAUUUCUCAAAAAUUAGUAAACCUGUCUUAUACUAAUUUUUGAAACCAUAAAUUAUUUUUGCUGUAUUCGAAAUCCAAUUCGACUGUUUAUGCUCCAAAAAUAUAACAAAUUUUUUUAACACUGUUUAACACCAAAAAAUUUUAACACCAUUGCCGGUUUUAUUUUAACCCCGUUUACGGGCGUUAAUUCAUGACCGCGCUAGCGUAGACUUACACCAAUUUUUUUUACAGUGUAUUAAAUUAAAAAAUUGAUGUUUGUAAAUAACAUAAUAUGCCAUGCUCACUAUUGAUAUAUUUAAUUAAAAUAUUUUAUUAUUGAUUGUAUGAAUUAUUACUAAUUAAUUGAUAAUCCAUUACGAAUGUUUUA